CGGGAGAAGGUACGAAUCGCGACCACUGGGGCUGAUGGACUGGCCAGCAAAGCCUGAAGUCUCGAGGCUGUCACCGCUGGACGUUGCCAAUUGGUUCAGUGUGAAGGCGCGGAACCAAUAAGAGCUGUGGUUCUCUAGAGCUUGGAGCGCGCGGGAAAGAGACCCAUUUAAACUGUGGCGGGAACAUCAUUUUUCGGGUUCUCGUCCAGUUAAGACAUCUGUAGCUGGGGAGUCGGUGAAAGUUGUCUCUUCCUGCGUGAACAUGGUUCGGACCAAAGCAAACUACGUCCCAGGAGCCUACAGAAAAGUGGUGGCUUCUCAAGCCCCUAGGAAGGUGCUUGGCUCCUCCACCUUUGUCACCAAUUCUUCAGGUUCGUCGAGAAAAGCUGAAAAUAAGUAUGCUGGAGGGAACCCAGUCUGUGUGCGCCCAACUCCCAAGUGGCAAAAAGGCAUCGGGGAAUUCUUCAGGUUGUCCCCUAAAGAUUCUAAAAAAGAAAACCAGAUUCCUGAAGAAGCAGGAAGCAGUGGCUUAGGAAAAGCAAAGAGAAAAGCGUGUCCUUUGCAACCUGAUCACAGAGAUGAUGAAAAUGAAUAGAACUUAUUCAUCUGAAUAAUGUCUUCAGUUUACUUACAUAUUCUAGGAUGUAAAUUUGGGUAAAUGAGUUUGUCCAAUUGGUUUGUUAACAGGCAUUUAAUUGAAAAAAAAAAUGAGGCUAAAAUUUAGCCAUUCAAAAGAAACCAGCUAUAAAAGCGAUGAAUUUUUAUAAUUUGUAAAUUUGAAUUGCAUGUUUGAAUUUAUGUCAUAUGUUCCUUCUUUUACCUGUUACCCUUCUUCCUAAAACCAAUGUUACAUGAUGCUCUAAUUACUAAUCUACUGUCUCUGCUUAGAUUUUUUGUACUGAUGCCAUUUUAUGGGCAUUGAUUAUGGAAAUAGUGCCAUAUUUUUAUGUGUGCGUGCUUCUGUGUUUGUGCCACAGUGCAUUUUGACUUAGUUUUUUUACAUUAAAAAAUUCAAUAUUAA